AUGCCUGCUGAGCACCGCUUCGACCCCACCUUCACUGACCAGGUGGUCAACGCCAUGGGUCCCAAGACCCCCGAGCGUGCCCGGGUUCUCCUGGGUGCCCUCAUCCGCCACAUCCACGAUUUCGCCCGCGAGGUCGAGCUGACUCCUGCCGAGUGGAUGCUUGGCGUCGAGUUCAUCAACUCCAUCGGUGCCAUCAGCACCCCCAUCCGCAACGAGGGCCACCGCUGCUGUGAUGUGAUCGGCCUCGAGUCGCUCGUCGAUGAGAUCGCCAACAAAAUCGUCACCGAGCAGGGCCUGUCUCCCACCUCCAACGUGAUUCUCGGCCCCUUCUGGUCGCCCAAUGCGCCCUUCCGUGCCCUGGGAGACAGCAUCAUCCAGGACCCGCUCCCCAACGGCCAGGUCACCUACAUGCACGGCUGUCUGACCGACAUGGAAACCGGGGCCCCCAUCGAGGGCGCUGUGCUCGACAUCUGGCAAGCCUCCGCCAACGCCAAGUACGAUUUCCAGGACCCCGACCAGAGCGAGAACAACCUUCGUGGCAAGUUCCGCUCCAACGAGAAGGGCGAGUUCUACUGGUACUGCUACCACCCCACGGCCUACUCCCUGCCCACCGACGGUCCUGCCGGGGUGCUGCUCGAGGUGAUGGACCGCUCCCCCAUGCGUCCCGCCCACAUCCACUUGAUGAUCACCCACCCCAACUACGCCACCGUCAUCAACCAGAUCUACCCCAGCACCGACCCCCACCUCAAGAUCGACUCCGUCUUCGCGGUCAAGGAUGACCUGGUUGUCGACUUCAAGCCGAUCGACGACCCCAAGGCCAGCCUCGAAUUGGAGUACAACGUCAAGAUGGCCCUGAAGAAGCACCACCGCAACCCCAACUCCGCGCCCCCCAAGUCCACCUUUGAGCGCGCCAUGGGCAACAAGCUCUAA